CCAUGCUGGUUUGUUUACAUUCGCAAUUGCACGGCUUGCUGCAACUUUCUCAGGUAAAAACGAUGAAAAAUCCAUAAAAAAUCAUCAGAAAACGCAUCAAAAUGAUCCGAAAUACCGUCGAAACGUUCGAGAAACGCGAUGUCAAUCAAGAUUCCGUACUAACACCCACAAAAUCAUCCAUUCCCAUCACAUCAUCGCUCUUUCCGCCGGCUUUAUGGCAACAAAUUGACUUUAUCGAGCAGGAAUUGAGCCAGGAAUUGACCGGAAUCGUUUUUCCCAAAGACAUUGUGGCUAUUUACAAUCCGCUCGAGUAUGCCAGAGCCUUGCAUUGUGAAUUCAUGUCGAAAUUUCUCAACAAUCGACCGAUUUUCUUGUUUGUCGGCAUGAAUCCCGGGCCUUUUGGCAUGGCACAGACCUCUGUACCUUUCGGGAACGUUUCUGUAGUAAAAGAUUGGUUUAAAUUGAGUUCUGGCGUUAAAAAGCCUCCAAACGAGCUGGAAUCGCGUCCUGUCGAAGGCUUGAACUGCACCCGUGAGGAACAAAGUGGCAAACGUUGGUGGGGCGUCAUUCGUGACAUCAGCGAGACACCUGAAAACUUCUUCCGUACCGCUUUUGUUUACAAUUAUUGUCCUUUGGCAUUUUUUUCGUCAACUGGGCGUAACAUAACUCCCGCCGAGAUCAAAGAUAAAGUCGCCAAACAGCAACUUCAGGACAUUUGCAACAAAUAUUUCGUCAAAAUCGUCGAAAUUCUUCAACCUAAAGUCAUUAUUUCGAUUGGAAAGUACGCCGAAGACCGCAUCAAAGGCAUCCAGAAGCAAGGAUUGCUCGGCGUCAGUGUUUUUGAUCAUCGUUGCAUCCCGCAUCCCAGUCCUCGGAGCUUAAAUAACACAAAUUGGCCCGAAAAAGCUAAAUUGUGGUUUGAAGAGAACGGCGUCUUGCCCUACUUGAAGCCACAAAAUAAGAAUUAA